UCAUUUCCCUACCUUCCUUGAACCAGUCUCGGUCCACGCCUGCUCUUCUCCUCCGCUUCCUGCCUCUGUGUUCUUAUAAUCUCUGCUCUUAUCAUUUCCACCAUUGCUUGCUCAUUCGUGCAGAUAAAGAAUAAUGGGGCAGAUAGAAUUGGUUGCGGCGUUGCUAGUUGCCCUGGGAGUACUCCUCCUUGGCUUUGUUGCUCUGAUUCUGUGGCGUUUAAAUUGCUGUAGACAACGAAAAGAAACAACGACUCCGAGGAGGGUGAAUAUUAGGAGCAACCAGAGCUUGGAAGCCGGAAUUGCCAAGCUUCAUAAUAACCAGCAACAGGGUCUGCAGCAGCAUCAUCAGUUUGAUCAUGUGUCAAGUAAGAAAACGGCUAACAACUAUUACAUGUAUGGUCGUGGGGUUUCAGGAAAAUCAUCCCCACUUUUUAGCUGGUCGGAUCAUCCCUCCUCCGUCACCGACGCCGUCGAAAACGGGUGGUCUCGGUUCGCUUUUGCGACGGCUUACACGUCUUCGCCGUCGACGCGAUCAAGGCGGCUGUUAGGGUUGUGCGCGGUUGGAGAGCAUAGGGUGAGGGAGACGGAGCCGGAGAUUAGUUGGGAAGUUUGUCAAGCUUCGGCGGAUUUCAUGCAGAAGAUCAGAUUAAACUCCGGCUUGAAAAAAGCGUUGAAUUCAGGGAACACAACCGCAGCGGCUGCGUCUGUAAUCAGGACUGCUCUUCCUUUGCCGGGGCCUCCUUUAGGGAACAAUUCAUUUCCCCAAGAGGCCUAUUUCGAGAUCACAGUUUUGUUUUCUCUUGGAGAUGAAGUGAAUAGUGAGAGUGAGAAGACCAAGGUCAUUAAGGACAAGUUCAUUGAGAUGUCCAGUUCAGAAUCUUUAGUACAUGUCACUAGUAGCGGGCAGAGAAAUAAUAAAAUUGAGGAACUGAAGCUUGCUGUUAUAGAUGAACACGAUCAAAGAAAAGAAGAAGCUGUGUUACUGUCGUUAGGACUCACUACUGGUGGCCCUCUUCCGGUGAAACUUCCGGGCAGCUAUGCGGGAAGUAUCGGAUUCGGAUCCAACGGCUCUGUCCAUCUUGAUGGGAUUAAACUCGCAUUUGAAUCGGAGAAAGCCGCAUGGGGAAGAACAGACCAUGUAAUCGGUUGUGGGUUUGAUCCAAGGCAAAAGAAGGUUUAUUUCACUGUGGACUCGGAGCUAGUUCAUGUGGUGCAUUGCAAGUCGGAGGAGUUUGGGACUCCUCUGUACCCGACUCUUGCAGCAAACACAGACAUUGAGGUGUUGGUGAAUUUUGGACAAAGUGUCUUCAAAUAUGCACCAGCAAAUGCGCACAGGACCCCCAAUCCAUGCUUUGUUAGUCCUAUAGGAAAUGCCAACUCUCAUGCGUUUAAUGAAGAUAGCAAAGAGCUUUUCUCAAUGGGAAGGAUCGAUUCUCAGUGGCUUAAUCGGAGUACGACCAGAGGCAGCCAAUAUCCCAGCACUGCAAACAGGGUAUUGGAAUAUGAUGAAGAGUCUAAUGAUUUGUUUGAGAUUGUAUUGGAUAGUAAUGGAAGAUCCCCCAACACCGUAUUAUAGAACACAAGAGUAGUGUUGUACAAUCGGCUGCGUUGUUGUUUAAUAUGAGUGAGAUGGAUUGGCUGUCAGUGUGUAGCUUUAGCCUCUGGUCGCUGCUCAUCAUGAGAAUAUACAGAUAGAAACAAGUUCAUACA